GGUGAGGGCAGCCUUCCCCAGCCCUUACCACUCUCAUGGUGGACAAUAAAGAGAACAGCAGGAAUCUGAUGCUGGGAGUUGGCUGUCCAGACUAGGAGUGUGAGGGGGUCCGUACACAGUGGACAGGAAGGCAGAGCCGAGAGAAGGAAGCGGAGAGCAACCAAGGGACGGGGCUCCUAAGCACGUAGGGGCUAAGGCAGCAAAGGCACAAAUCUGAAGACAGUUUGUUCUAGUACUGAGACCCUGUUUCAAACAUUAAACCUAGGGUUCUAAAAGUCGCUAUUAGUUCUCUCACUUAAUAUGGCGUACCCGGUGAGGUCAGAGGAACUUCCAGAAUUACUUCACUGUGGCUUCUGGGGAUCAGACUCUGUUUGUCAGGCUUGCUGCGUGGCAAACACUUUUAUGCUGUGAGCCACUUUGCCGGCCCCAAACCUAGGAUCUUGAAUGGGCCCAAGCUUGCAGCAGGAUGGCAGUGUCUGACAAUUAAUUUAACAUAAAUGUAUUAACAUCAUUUUUUUGUUUGUUUUUCGAGACAAGGUUUCUCUGUGUAGCCCUGGCUAUCCUGGAACUUGCUCUGUAGACCAGGCUGGCCUCGAACUCAGAGAUCUGCCUGCCGAGUGCUGGGAGUAAAGGUGUGCACCCCCACUGCCCAGCUUUGUAACAGGGUUUUUAUCUCCCAGAUGAGGAAGCUGAAGGGUCACAGGUAUAUAGUGGACAGGGCCCACUGUGAGCCCUGGCUAGCCUAGAACUUGUUCUGUAGACCACUGGCUCUGACCUCACAGAGGGCCACCUGCCUCUGCUCUAGUUAAAGGCGCGUGCCACCACGCCCUAGUGAGCACAUGGAGUGUGAAGUGGCCGAGGCAGAGUUUGACACUAGACCAUCACAGCCCCCUCAAACACUUAUUCACCAAAGGAGAAAGACAGGGGAAACACCAGGGUCCCAGAAGGAAGAUGACAGCAGCCUGUCUCUGGGGGUGGGGCUGUGGUUUCUCUGAUCUCAGCACCCCCUCUACGCUGGCCCCGCCCCUGCCCCUCCCAGAGCCGCCCUGAAGUGGCGAGGUGAGAGUGCCUCCUUGCUCACCCCUCUCCCUUUGGGGAGAGCACUGCAGACCCAGGCCCCACCUACCAGAGGACCUCUUCUCCCUCAUCGGUACCCUCCUGGGGGUAGGUGCAUCUGCCUACAUCCACACCUGCCUGGCCUCCAGGACCCCUGGGGCCAAAGCAGGUCAUCUGAGAUGACGGUCAAGCUAGAUUUUGAAGAAUGUCUCAAGGAUUCACCCCGAUUCCGAGCCUCCAUUGAGCGGGUGGAAGCUGAAGUGUCAGAACUGGAGACCCGCCUGGAAAAGCUCCUCAAGCUGGGCUCCUGCCUCCUGGAGAGUGGGCGGCACUACCUCGCUGCCAGCCGUGCCUUCGUUGCUGGCAUUUGUGACCUGGCCCACCUGGGUACGCCGGAGCCCAUGAUGGCGGUAGGUGAUGGUUCUGAGGCGGGGCUGUGGGGCGGGGACUGGGAUGGAGAGAUGCUGUGGAAGAGGAGGGCUGACCUGGGUCUGCAGGGCCAGGCCAGGGCAACGCUGGGGCCCUCCUCCGAGAUGCUCCAGCCUCCGAGACCUGGACUUGUGCAGACCUUGACGUCCCUACUUGGGACUUCCUCUGUGGUUUCUCUUGCCCAGGAAUGUCUGGAAAAAUUCACUGUGAGUCUGAGCCACAAGCUGGAUAGCCAUGCUGAGCUUCUUGAUGCCACUCAGCACACCCUGCAGCAGCAAAUCCAGACUCUGGUCAAGGAAGGUCUCCGGGAUUUUCGAGAGGCCCGCAGGGAUUUCUGGAGAGGAGCUGAGAGCUUGGAGGCUGCUCUUACCCACAAUGCAGAGGUCCCCAGGCGCCGCGUUCAAGAAGCAGAGGAUGCCGGGACUGCUUUGAGGACCGCUCGAUUUGGGUACCGGAGUCGGGCAUUGGAUUAUGCCCUGCAGGUCAACGUGAUUGAGGAUAAGAGGAAGUUUGACAUCAUGGAGUUCGCACUGCGUUUGGUAGAGGCCCAGGCUACCUAUUUCCAGCAGGGCCAUGAAGAGCUUAACCAGCUGGCACAGUAUCGGAAGGAGUUGGGUGCCCAGUUGCACACCCUGGUCUUGAACUCAGCUCGUGAGAAGAGAGACAUGGAACAGAGGCACGUGUUACUGAAGCAGAAGGAGCUGGGUGGUGAGGAGCCAGAGCCCAGCCUAAAGGAGGGGCCCUGUGGCUUGGUAAUGGAAGGACAUCUUUUCAAACGAGCCAGCAAUGCAUUUAAGACCUGGAGCAGACGCUGGUUCAGCAUUCAGAACAACCAGCUGGUUUACCAGAAGAAAUAUAAGGACCCCGUGACCGUGCUGGUGGACGACCUGCGUCUCUGUACGGUGAAGCACUGUCCAGACUCAGAAAGGCGCUUCUGCUUCGAAGUAGUGUCCACCAGCAAGUCCUGCCUCCUCCAGGCCGACUCAGAGCGUCUCCUGCAGCUGUGGAUCAGUGCUGUUCAGAGCAGCAUCGCCUCAGCCUUCAGCCAGGCCCACCUCGAGAACAGCCCUCGGGGGCCAGGCCAGGUCUCAGGACACCUUGCCUUGGGCUCUGCGGCUACUCUGGGCGGUGGUGGGCCAGCCCGGGGAAGGGAGCCUGGGGGGACUGGGCAGGUGGCUGCCCAGGUACAGAGCGUAGACGGGAACGCGCAGUGCUGCGACUGCAGGGAGCCAGCCCCAGAGUGGGCCAGCAUCAACCUGGGGGUCACGCUCUGCAUCCAGUGCUCCGGCAUCCACAGAAGCCUUGGUGUGCACUUCUCCAAAGUGCGGUCCCUGACUCUCGACUCGUGGGAACCAGAGCUAGUGAAGCUUAUGUGUGAGCUGGGGAAUGUAGUCAUCAACCAGAUCUAUGAGGCCCGGGUGGACGCCAUGGCGGUGAAGAAGCCGGGACCCAGCUGCUCCCGGCAGGAAAAGGAAGCCUGGAUUCACGCCAAAUAUGUGGAGAAAAAGUUCCUGACCAAGCUUCCUGAAAUUCGGGGGCGGAGAGGUGGCAGGGCACCGCCGAGAGGACAUCCUCCUGUGCCCCCAAAGCCCUCCAUCAGGCCACAGCCAGGGGCCGUCAGACCCAAGACAGAGUCCCCGUGUGAUGACACGGGCAGCCUGCACCCUGGGGCGCUGCUGUUUCAAGCCUCUGGACACCCCCCGUCUCUUCCCACCAUGGCUGAUGCCCUGGCCCACGGAGCUGAUGUCAACUGGGUCAAUGCGAGUCAGAGGAAUGCCACACCUCUGAUCCGGGCCACGGCCGCUAAUUCUCUCCUGGCCUGUGAGUUUCUUCUCCAGAACGGGGCGAAUGUUAACCAAGCAGACGGUGCCGGCCGGGGCCCGCUCCACCACGCCACCAUUCUUGGCCACACAGGGCUCGCUUGCCUGUUCCUGAAACGGGGUGCAGACCUGGGGGCUCUCGACACGGAAGGCAGGGACCCACUGACCAUUGCAAUGGAAACUGCCAACGCUGACAUCGUAACCCUGCUAAGGCUGGCAAAGAUGAGGGAGACGGAAGCGGCUCAGGGCCAGGCAGGAGACGAGACGUAUCUCGACAUAUUCCGAGACUUCUCCCUCAUGGCGUCAGACGACCCAGAGAAACUGCGCCGGAGUCACGACCUCCACACCCUUUGACUCCAGACCCUCCCAACCCUGCCCCGGCCUGUUCUCCAUUAAAGUCUCAGCUUUGC